AUGCACCAUGCGCAACGCGUUGCAUUGACCGUGCACGCUGCACCGCCCCGGCCCCGCACGCUGCACCACGCACGGUCAACGCGCUACCUGAACCUGCAGGAGAACCACAUCCAGGUGAUCCGCACGGACACCUUCAAGCACCUGCGGCACCUGGAGAUCCUGCAGCUGAGCAAGAACCUGGUGCGCAAGGUGGAGGUGGGCGCCUUCAACGGGCUGCCCAACCUCAACACGCUGGAGCUCUUCGACAACCGCCUGACCACGGUGCCCACGCAGGCCUUCGAGUACCUGUCCAAGCUGCGCGAGCUGUGGCUGCGCAACAACCCCAUCGAGAGCAUCCCCUCGUACGCCUUCAACCGGGUGCCCUCGCUGCGGCGCCUCGACCUGGGCGAGCUCAAGCGCCUCGAGUACAUCUCGGAGGCGGCCUUCGAAGGGCUGGUCAACCUGCGCUACCUGAACUUGGGCAUGUGCAACCUCAAGGACAUCCCCAACCUGACGGCCUUGGUGCGCUUGGAGGAGCUGGAGCUGUCGGGCAACAGGUUGGACAUGAUCCGCCCGGGUUCCUUCCAAGGCUUGAGCAGCUUGCGCAAGCUGUGGUUGAUGCACGCGCAGGUGGGCGCCAUCGAGCGCAACGCCUUCGACGACCUCAAGGCGCUGGAGGAGCUCAACCUGGCGCACAACAACCUGGCGUCGCUGCCGCACGACCUGUUCACGCCGCUGGCC